AUGAGCAGGGACCCGCCUGUGGCCUCGCUGGAGCUGGGUCGCGGGGCCUCGUCAACCGUGCGGGAAGGAGAGGACGUGUAUUUCAACUGCCAUGUCGACUCCAACCCACCGCUGUACAACAUUACGUGGGUCAGACAGGGCGAGGCUAUCGAGCAUGCCCCUGAGGCCGGAGUGUUGGUGGGCGGACGCAGCCUUGCCCUACGAGGCGUGUCACGGCGAGACGCGGGGCCGUACGUGUGUCUGGCAACGAACGCCGAAGGGGAAGGGGCCAGCCCGCCGCUAUUUCUUCAGGUACAUUAUGCCCCGGUAUGUAGAGACGGCAGCGGGCCCUCUGAGGUCUACACCGCGGGUCUUGGUCAGCCUGUUAAUGUGUCUUGCCAUGUCAAGGCUUCCCCCCCGCAAGUCAAGUAUUCCUGGAUCUUCAACAACAGCCUGAGUUCACAACGACUGCCCGGGGAACAGGUCUUGUCUGCCACAGAGGGCGGCAGCGUGGUGGAAUUCGUGGCUGGCUCUCAUCAGGACUACGGGACCCUUCAGUGUUGGGCGCAGAACAGUGUUGGCAAGAUGUCCCGGCCUUGUCUAUACCAUGUGGUGCCGGCCAGUCGUCCUGAGCGCCCGACGUCCUGCGCGGUGGUAAACAAGACCUACGACGCCCUGGUGGUGACCUGCGCGGCGGGCUUCGACGGGGGACUGCGGCAGAGCUUCUUUGCGAGGGUCUACGAGGCCGUGACAGGUCGAGGUCAGGUCAACAUGAGCGCGCCGCAGCCUCGUUUCACGCUGGAGGGCCUCACGCCGAAGCUCGACUACAUGAUAUGGGUUAGCGCC